CUAUAGGGGAAAGGAGAUGGAAAACACUUUGCAGCCUUAUUGUGACAAUAAGCUGGAUCUUGGUUCUUCCCAGAACUAUUGUGGGGAAAUGGCUAUGGUUGGCUUGGAUGCAAUGCAGCGUGCAAAUUCUACACUUGAAGAUUUUUUCAGAUCUUAUUUCAUGUUUCACGGAAUGGAUGCAAACAAACCUCAAUCUGUAUUCAAAUACUUUCCCAUUCUGUCAUUUACGGAAAGUUACAUAUAUCAGCUGGACACUUUGAAUGAGAAGAUAGUUUUGGGUGGAUUUGCUUUUGGAGAAUCUCAGGUGUUAAUAGAAUACUGGAUAAGAUGAAACAUGGCAAUUAAGCACUUGUGCAUUUAGCUGACGAACUUUCAUAUGAUUUUUCCACUGAGAUUUAGGAAACAAAUGAAAAGAGCACUAAGAUUCUAAGUGCUAUCAGAUCUGAUCCACUUCAACCACUUAUUAAUCUCCUUAAAUCACAUGGCUUAUUGACAGACAGAUUGGUCCACGAACUGAGAAGUGGAGAGGAGUAUUGGGCCUUGGAAAGGGACCUAUGUGGUGCAUUGGCGAGCAAUGGAAGGUCUCUAUCGAGGAUGUAAUGCGGGCUAUUCAUCUGAAAUCUUUUGAUUAUAGAGUGUUGAACCUUCUUUUGUAUCAGUUGAGAGGAAAGAAGGUUAAUGACUUGCACAUGGAAUUUCUAUCAAUCUCAGAAUUGCUAGUUGAGAUAGCUGACGAUUUGUUUGAUUAUGAGGAUGAUGUACUAGAGAAUAAUUUCAAUAUUCUGCGGAUGUUUGUCCGGAUGUAUGGAGCUUCAGCUCCAACAGCGCUGGCAAAAUAUGUGAGCGAGGCUGAGGAAAAGUAUGACGAACUAUUAAAAGCUUUGGAUCCUCAUUUAUCCUCACUUUACCAAAGGAGAUGUGAAGAGGCCACUAAAGAAGGUGGUAAGGUGUCAGCACAUCGGUUUGGAUCGUGGAGUAUCCCACCUCUGAUACGAGAUGAGGAGUCGUUUCGAGCAUCUGUUAUGUCAAAUAUUCAAACAUGAAAGGUGAUAGUAACCUCAUAACCUCGUAACAAAUGUUGAUGAAAUAGCCUUCCUAAAUAGGGGAUUGUUGGUUCUACUAAUUUUUAUGCAUUGGUUUUUGAAAUAUAUUUUAGUGGUAAGAAAGGGUGUAUAAUUAUGAGUGAUGUUCGUAAUGCACCUACCUAUUUUUAUUCAAAUAGGUCUACCACGUAGUUUACUCUUUUGUAACUUUAAGACAUGAAUUUCAGUUGCAAAAAUUAAUAUAAAUUUGAGCCCAUUAACUACUUCUAA